AAAACAAGCAUGACAUAUUGAUACGUACUUCUUUAUUCUAUAUUUGAAUGGUCUGCUUUAUUAGAAAUCAUGUCAUCUCAUCUUAGAUUGACUGAUCCAUCUAAAAGCUAAGAACAUCUGUACUUCGAUUUGGAGUAAAUUAAGAAAUUAAUCGAGGCACAAAGCGCAUUUUCGCUUUGUAUUCCUCUAAUUUGAGUACAAUAAUUUGAGAAAUGAGUUGUCUUAGGAAGAUCAUGGGCCUAAUCAUGAUCACCUUGGUACUAGUUUCACCCACAUGUAGUGCUGCUGCAGCCGAUGACGACGACGAUGAUCCUCCGUAUCAUGAUUGCCCAGACACAGGCUUUUCUUACAGUUCAGGCAGCACAUUUGAAGAAAACCUCAACAACACCCUUUUCACUCAAUUGCUUGCUACCCCCUUUCGAACCUUCUCUAACUUCACCAAUGGCACAGGUAUCGAUCGAUUAUACGCUCUUUACUACUGCAGAGGCGACGUUGAUAUCGAUACAUGUCAUCAGUGCAUUCAGGAUGCAAUACAGGAAAUUGUACAGAAAUGCAGACUUAAGAAACAGGGGAUUAUUUGGUAUGACUUCUGCACUUUGCGUUACGCCAACCACACCAUAUUCUCAGUUGACGAGGAAAGUACUCCCGCACGGCACUAUAACCGCACCAGUUCGGUGAGUGACCCAAUUCUUGAACCACACCGUCAUCUCUUUGAAAGUACUAUGACAAGCCUCACUAGCAGUGUUGCUUAUGAUGGAAAUAGGCCUCUUGGUUUUGCUACAAAUGAAGCAAAUUUAUCAUCGUCUCAGAAACUACGCGGCCUUGCACAAUGCAAUCCUUUUCUUACUAGUAAUCUCUGUGAACAAUGCCUAAUGGCUGCUUUUAGGCAGAUGGAUCUAUGGUCUAACACUAUUGUAUUUACACCGAAUUGCAAUAUUGGGUUCGAGUUAUAUGGAUCACCCCCUCCAACCCCGUUACCACCUCAAUCAGCUUCGGGGCGAUAUAAAGUCCUUCUUGCUGUGCUGUUACCUGUCACUAUAAUGUUACUUAUGGGCGGAUUUUGGUUCUGGAGGCGGCAUCGGUUAUCAGGGAAGACUGGCGACGAGAUAAAGCCGCCUAUAAUGGAAGAAACAAGGAUGCAAUUGGCACGAUUUACCUAUUCUCAAGUAAAGGACAUGACAAAUCAACUCAACAGAAUUCUAGGAGAAGGUGGCUAUGGAAUCGUGUACUACGGUCGAUUGAGCGACAACCACCGGGAAGUCGCGGUGAAGGUUCUGUCAAAGAAUGAUGCUCCUAAGCAAUUCAGCAAUGAGAUUAAUGUGCUAGGAAGAAUUUAUCACAAGAACUUGGUUUCUCUGAUUGGAUACUGCGACGAAGGUUCCGGCAACUUGGCACUUGUUUAUGAAUACAUGUCUGGAGGAGACUUGAAAGUUCUUUUAUCAGGUGAGGUUGUAAGCUGGAAAAGGAGACUUGCAAUUGCGUUUGACACAGCUCAAGGAUUGGAUUACUUGCACACUGGUUGCAGCCCACCCAUAGUCCAUCGAGAUGUGAAGCCGGCUAAUAUACUACUAAAUCAACAUCUUCACGCUAAGGUAGCUGAUUUUGGUUUCUCUAAAAUCUUCCCAGCUGAAUACGUCUCAAAAUUGUCCACUAGGGUCAUUGGAACCCCUGGUUAUGUUGAUCCUCAGUACCAUUCUACCGGGCAAGUGAAUGAAAAAAGCGAUGUUUACAGCUUUGGAGUUGUUCUGCUAGAGCUUAUUACCGGGAAAUCAGCAAUACUAGAAGGUAAUACAAACACUAAUUUGGUGCAAUGGGUAACUCCUCUCUAUGAACGAGGUGACAUUGAAAGCAUAUUCGACUCAAGGCUGCAGCUAGAGGUGGGUGAAAACUACAACACCGUCUGGAGAGCAACAGAGCUGGCAAUGAAAUGUGUUAAAUUAGAAGCAAAACAUAGGCCAUCAAUGACUCAAAUUGUUGUAGAAUUAAGGGAGUGUUUGGCUUGGGAGAAUGCAGAUGCUGGGAAUUCAAGCUUGGCUGUUACCUCAAUCGAGAUGAUGACUGCUCCAGUUUCAACUACUUCAAUGAGCCCACAACCCCGGUAGUACGUAUAUACUAUCAUGACUCAUAAGAGCUAGCUGCCUGAUUUAGUACAUAAAAUAUGGGUUUUAUCUGUAGUUAUUGUUAGUAGCAGUUAGAUGCCUCUAAUUACCGGCUUUGUCAUUGGUUUCGAUGGACAAUUGAAAAUAUAUUUUUGUUUUC